GCUUCUAACUUCCGCUAGCGUUUUCUGCAGCGGAGGGAUUUAUUGUAUGUUUCUUUCAUUCGUUCAAACAUGGCUUUUCAGUGUCAGAGGGACUGUUAUAUGCAGGAGUUUGACACUUGUGUCGUGUCUUGCGUGCCUGCAGAAUUAAAACUUGAGAAUAAUGGAAAGAAAGAAAAGCUGACUGGUUUCAAUGUGAGACUGAAAGACACUAUUCUGUUUCCAGAGGGUGGAGGACAGCCUGAUGAUCAUGGGACAAUUGGAGGCAUCCCGGUCCUGCGUGUUUUGAGACAGGGUCCAGACGCAGUGCAUUUUGUCAGCUCUGCUCUGGAGGAGGGUCAGGAGGUCCACAUUAAACUGGACUGGAAGCGGCGCUUUGACCACAUGCAGCAGCAUUCAGGUCAACACUUGAUCACAGCAUUGGCGGAUGCAAUGUUUGGAUACAAAACUACCUCUUGGGAUUUGGGCCGUCAGCGUAGCAGCAUCGAGCUGGACACAGCCACGGUAAAGCCUGAAGAGAUGGAGGCUUUAGAGAUGGCUGUUAAUGAAAAGAUUCGCGAACACGUUCCAGUCACUGUCAACCUCCUAUCUAUUGAUGAUCCUGCUGUGGAGAAGGUAAGAAGUCGUGGUCUUCCAGAUGACCAUGCUGGACCCAUCAGGAUCAUUGAUAUUGAGGGUGUAGAUGCCAACAUGUGCUGCGGGACACAUGUGUCCAACCUCAGUCACCUACAGGUUAUAAAGAUCUUGGGGACCGAAAAAGGGAAGAAGAAUAAAACCAACCUGAUUUUCAUAGCAGGGAACAGAGUGCUGAAAUACGCCGAGAAGAGCUAUAACACUGAGAAAUCUCUGACCGUCCUCCUAAAGACCGGAGCAGAUGAGCACGUGGAUGCGGUGGACAAGCUGCAGAAGACAGUCAAACGUCUUCAGAAGAGUAAUCUUACUAUCCUGAGGGAAAUGGCAGUUUUGAUCGCACAGAACUUCAAAAGCAAACCAGACAGAGGAAAUUUCUUCAGCUUACACAACAAAGAUGGUGAUAAUGAAUUCAUGAACAUCAUUGCAAAUGAAAUUGGAUUUCAGGACACGUUGAUCUUCAUGACUGUGGGUGAGGAGAAGGGCGCAGGACUGUUCCUCAUCGCUGGACCCGAGAAUAUUGUCACCGAAGUUGGGCCUUGGGUUUCAGAGCUGCUGCAGGGUAAAGGAGCUGGAAAAGCUGGACGAUACCAGGGUAAAGCCAACAGUCUGGUGAAGAGAGCGGAGGCUGAGGCUUUACUGAAGGAGCGCAGCUGUAAACGCACUGCAGGAGAGGAAUAAAACAGACAGGGCUCCGGAUAAACAGUACGGGAUGAUGCUGACCGUGGCGAGGGGAACGGUGGCACUUUUGCAGAAGGACAGGAGGUAGAAAAGAGCAGCCGUGUGCGUUGGAGGUUUGAUGGAGUCAAAGAGAUGCAGCAGAAGCAGAGAUGAGAUGAUACAGGUGAUCCUGACAACAACGCUGCUGCUUUUCUUGCUUUCUGUGUAUAGCGGUGAAUGAAGACCGAGACCCAGACCGAACAGGGUGCCCAUGUUCCUCAGCAGGCUGGCGAAUGGUGUGGUGUCCAGAUGAACCCAAGCGGGAUUGGCGCACCAUUUCUGGGCUUUCUCAAGAGUCCAGAGUAGAUCCACACCGAGAGCCUUCAGGAGGACGUACAGACCCACGGCGAACGAGAGCAGGAAGAGCGUGACGUUGAAGUAAUUCUUUAGACUCGCACUGUAGAUCCAUUUCUGUCUGUUAAAAGCCUCGGCAACAAUCAUGCCUG